AUGCCAUCUCGCAACUCCACCAUUCCCAAUCUCGACCUCAAGUCGCUCAAGGUGGACUUUAGCAGCGGCAAAUUGACAAGCCCUCUCUCUCCGGGGGCUCAGAGCUCUGAUGGUCUCAGUCCCUUGACGCCACGCUCGCCGAAAUCAUCCUCCAGCUCUCCGUUCCUCAAGGGCGCCACCAUCCGUCCUGUCACCCAGGACUCUAGCAGCAAGGGCAACAGCCCUGUUAUCGCACCCAAAUCCCCUGGGCUUUCGGCUACUGAACUUGGCCCCGAGCCGUCCACGCCUGGUCUGACAGCCAUCCCUCAAUAUUUCCCCUCUUCGAAAGAAUCCGGCAAAGGCUCUCAUACGCGCGAUGCGUCAAAAUCAUUUUUCGGCAACCUGAAAGCACCCAAGCCGUCGCAUCGAGCACAGCGAUCAGAUAGCUCAGAGAACUCCACAGAACCACCCAAGAGUCGAGGCAGUUCGAGAGACCGGAAGACGGCACCGAAGUUCUACGAGUCGACCCCCGACUUGCCUGGCACCCUCGCCAAGGCAGGUGAGAGCGAGAAGAACGGAAACGGUAACAGCGACAAAACAGCUCAACCUGCUGGACCUAAGAAGACCAAUACCGAGAUGGAUCCCGCUCCGUUCAAGAAGAGCAAGCCCCGAUUCGCAAACCUUUUGACCCGAUCACGAUCUAUUCGAGUUGACGAAUCGUCCGGAAACCGAGCCGCUGGCCGACGGCCAUCUACUGGUCUUGCGAAGCUGGAGGAAUUUAAAUCAACAGAGUCUUCGAACGCACCGAGCGCAUCAAGCGCACCACGCGCUGCUACCGCUCGUCCUGAGCGUCCCGUUGAAGGAGGACUAUAUCCACCCCCACGACACGCGGAUGCUGCGUCUCUGAGGAAAGAAAAGAGCCAUGGAGGGUCCAUGGUGAACUCUGGAUCCUUGAGCCAGGUCUCUGGUGCUUCAGCUGCAAUUUUCAACAACCUCAAGCAAUCAUCAAGUGGAGCGGCUGAUCGUAUUGGCAAGGCGGGCAAGGGCUUCUUCGGCAAGAUCACUAGGAGUGGUAGCACGAAUGAACGGGAACUGAUCAACGAUGAUAACUACGUGUGCUCUGUGAUCAAUCUUCCCCUCAUUGAGCAGGCGAGGAAGACCCGCAUUGCGAAAAAGCUGGAUGGUUGCAGAGAUAAGACCGAGUUUUGGAUGCCAGCGCUCCCUUACCGCUGCAUCGACUACCUCAAUUACAAGGGCUGCGAGGAAGAGGGUCUCUACCGAGUACCAGGUAGCGGCCGCGAGGUGAAGCACUGGCAGAGGCGGUUUGACUCACAGUUGGACGUCAGUCUGUUCGAUGUACCAGACCUCUAUGAUAUUAACACGGUUGGAUCCUUGUUCAAGGCCUGGCUUCGUGAAUUGCCAGACGAACUCUUCCCCAAAGCCACACAGGACAUGAUCGCCGAGAAAUGUGAAGGUGCCACCACCGCGCCCCAACUUCUCAAGGAUGAGCUGUCCAAACUUCCACCUUAUAACUACUAUCUUCUCUUCGCUAUCACUUGCCAUCUCAACCUUCUCCACUCAUACGUCGAUCAAAACAAGAUGGACUACCGCAAUCUCUGCAUUUGUUUCCAGCCUUGCAUGAAGAUCGAUGCCUUCUGUUUCCAGUUCUUGGUCUGUGACUGGAAGAACUGCUGGCAGGGUUGCUGGACCGAGAAGGAAUACAUUCAGAAGGAGAAGGAGAUGGAUGAGAUGGAGAGGAAGGCUGUGGAAGAGAAGGAGGCCAAGGUCCAGGCUGAGGCAACCCAGUCUUCAUCUCGCCACGAACGAGCCGUCUCGUCAGGCUCCAGCUCUCGGUCUGAGGAAGAAAAGCCUCGCCCAGAGACGUCUCGUGGCCGAAAGGCCAAGCCAAAGAACAUUGAAACCGCGCACACUCGAAGCAUCUCACAGCUUCCGGAACUUGGUCCGCCUUUAUCACCAAUAAAGAUUUAG